GCCGGCGGCAACACUGGGAGACUGUCGUGUCGUUCGGAGCCAAGCCAUGGAAUCGUUGAUACUUUGAGGUUUUAAAAAUUGGAGACUUGGAGUGAAUCAACACAGUGUCUACUUGGGUGGUUGCCUAAUUCAAGAAAACUGAAAUUUGGAACCAAAAAUGAGCUCCACACCCAAACAGCCUUUGUUUUGCCUAAAAUGGCCGUGGGACAUGAACCGGAAUCCUCAGACUAAUACUUCUGGUGGUUGUACUUUUGAAGGCCCUUGGCUAUUCAAAUCUAUGCAAAGUCUUGGCUCCGUCGCAUUCAAUUUCGUUCAGUCAGUUUCCAAGCCACCGUCUUCUUUAGUCAAUCACUUUAAGCCCUUGCAGUGGGAUGCAAGAACCGACCAAAAUGAGACUCUCAAGUCAAAAACAGUAUUGGGUCCUGAGGAGCAGGGGGAGGCAGAGCAAAGAGCAUUUGCCUCUGCAUUGGCAAGUGAGAAAGAGGCUACAAUGCUUGAGUUUUACUCACCCAAAUGCAGGCUGUGCAAUUCCUUGCUUAAUUCUGUAAUGGAGGUUGAGCAUAGGAACUCAGACUGGCUUAACAUUGUUAUGGCAGAUGCAGAGAAUGACAAAUGGCUUCCUGAGCUCCUUCAUUAUGACAUUAGAUAUGUGCCUUGCUUUGUAUUACUGGACAAGAAGGGGAGGGCACUGGCAAAGACCGGUAUUCCAAAUAGUCGACUACAUGUAUUAGCAGGUCUCUCUCAUCUUCUGAAGAUGAAGCGUCCUAGCAAAAGAACAAGCUGAAUGAAUGUUUGGACUUAGGAGCAUUUUCUACAAGUCUAAAAUCAGUCAUCAGGAGUAGUUUUUGUUCCUUUAUUUGAUUUUGUACUUACAAUACAGAUACGAUUUGAGUCUAUUUGCAAAGACAGACUCCUAAUUCUGUACCAAUAGUGUUGAGAGUUAAAGGGAAAAUGCUUGCUAGUUACAGUUUGACACGCAUUGCUACUUCCCUCGAGUAGAUGUGCAGAACUUUUUAAGAACCCGUCUAGCUUCAGAUUAGAAUUCUUUUGAUGCCCAACUUGUAUAUUAAUUUGACUGGCAUCU